AAAACAAUGUCUCCACUGGAACACAACUAGUUAUUUUAGAGUAUUCUUAUUGAUCUGUUUUCCCCAAUAGCCUUGAAAUCAUUUCAGUGAUACUUUUUUUCUAAACAGACUUUGCAUUUUAAUUAUGCAAUUGGUCAAGCAAUUUUUUUAUGUUCUAGUGAUGCUGCUCUUACCCGGCAUCAUUGUUCUUCACUGUGAUACUGUGUUUGUGUGUGUCUGUGCAGUGAUAUGUUACGCUUAGGAUUUAUAUAGCACAUUACAUCUUCAGAGCAUCGUAAAAUCUUUUAAAGAACCCUUACUGUACUGCCUGAGGCAGGUAAGUGAGUGUUAUUGUCUCAGUUUUAUAACUGGUAUAAGCGCAACACAGGGAGUAUUAAACAAUUGGUCUGAGACCACAAGAAUCUGUGGUAGACCUAGGAAGAGAUCUCAGGAGUUCCUGGCUUCUGGUCCUGUGCUUAGACUGAGCUGCCUUAAGAUUGUUCAGUGCUGUGUUACAUUAAAUUUUAAACUACUGUGCAGGUUCCUUUUUUUUUUUUGUAAGAUAAAACUCUUUGUGCUUUGCUUUGUUGUUCCAUGUUUCACUGCUUUUAUGGAAUUGUUUAUAUAAAGUUAAGCAAAAAGUCUAGUUUACCUAUACUGUAUACAGGACGAUUACCCUUAAAACUGUACUCUGGUCUACUUUUUCUAUUUUACAAUUAAAUAUCUUUUCCACAUAUAUGUAGUGGGGAAUCAAUUCUAUUUCUGUUGUUUCGUAUGCGUGCUAGAAGGUCAAAACCGAUAUGUUACAUCUUCAGGAAAAAUCUGGAAAAACAGUGUUAAUCUUAGAAAAUUAAUCCUCAGAGAUAGGAGGGAAGAGUGGGGAAAAAAUUGCUUUAUAGCAUACAAAGUAAAUCUUCCUCCUUCAAACUUGUGACUGAGUUCGUAGAAUUGGCAGCUCUGGAAAAUCUGGAAAAUUGGAUCCAAUUUGGAAAAUCUGAUCCCAAAAUAGUCAAAAGAUCGUAGCAAUCGAAAAUUUGUGCUGGUAGUUUUUAGUAGGAUUGCUUUCCAAGUAUAUUUGAUUGUACUUAAUUUAGUAUUACAACUUGAAGCAAGCUUUCAGCAGUGACUAAUUGGAUAUUGUUGUAUUUUAGGCUUUUCUUGAAAACUUACUUUUACAUCAUUAGCAAAUGCAGGAACAAGUUAAUCAACUUAAAAGUGCUGGUUAGGCGUUACUCCAACUGAAUUAUUCCGUGAUGAAAAUAAUUUGUGUCCUCACAGCCCACAGACUUAACUACAGUUUAAUCUCUCUGAACUCUUAAUAAUGAUAAGAAUUUCAGCAUCAGCCUGAGUGGUGAUAGUGGUAAUGUUCACGUCCACAUGGAGAAUUUCCCACGGUUUUGACAGCUUUGACCUUUGCAGCAAACAAUGAAAAGAACCUUUUCUAUUCAUUCUUCCUGUGGGCAAAUAUUCUAUUCCUCGUGGUCUGUAACAAAAUCCUUUCAGGUGCAGGGUAGCUAAAACAAAACCAGAUUUAUCUCCAGUAUUAUUUACCCUACCUGUAAUCCGUUAUCGCCCAUCUUAUUGUGGCUCCAAACAGGACCUGUUUAUUCUCUUCCGUACUGAAUGAAAAGCCAACCUGGUCAAACUGUCAGCUUGAGCAAAAGACAUAGGAUAUAUGUCACGUGGAGUAUUUAUUGCGUACUUCAGCUCUGAAAACAUUGUUAAAGUAUUGGUUCUUAUUUGCUGUUCCAAAUUGAAAUCAUAAUUGUAAUUAGCUGCCAGCUUUCUUUGGUCAGACUUGCUUCCUGUUGAAAAUAAUGUAUUCGUUACUCAUAACGACCUACAGUCACGGUUUUUGAUCACUGGGCUCUUUUUGACUUGAUCCUGCCAGCUCCUUCCCACCUGCUUUGUUCUCCUUUGUGAAAGCAGUAACAGUACAGGCAAGAGAGGUUCUGAAAUUCAUGUGAAGUAUUGGGAGUGUCUUGUUAAUUUUUUUUCCUGAUGUUUCCUGAGGAAUGAGAGAUGAAACAAGUGACUAUGCAUAUAGUAUGUUUCUCUGUGCUCUUCUUGCACUUCUUUCAGUGCCUUUAUCAUCUUCUUUUUUUUUAUUAUUUCAGUAUAUUAAUCUGAUGUGUGCAUCAGCAUCUUUUUAUCUCUGAAACAGCUCUUUCUCAAAUAUCUAAUCGCAGCAUGAACUCAGAAAGGUUUUUACACUGUUCUACAGAAAGUACGCUGCAGGAAGAAGUAACAGCUUUUUAGAAUGAUGGAAGAAUUCAGGCUGAAUUGAGCUGCUCUGAGAGCUGGUUCCUUUCCGUAUGACAAGAACAUGGGAACUGCUGUGAUGUAUCAGACUAAAGGUCUGCCCAGCUGGCACCUUGUCCCUAGCAGUAACCCGCCACAAGCAGAAGCCUGGGAAAUAGUAAAAAUAAGAGUGUAUUAUCCCAUGUAAUCAUUUCUCUUUCUAGAGCUCAGUCGUUUAGACUAUUGAGAUGUUUAAGUCCUACUUCUCUCUUUUCCCAGGACUGCCUAUCAGUGUAGAGCAAGUCAGUUGCUUCUGCUGAAGAUGGUUAGUGCUCCACAUCGAAGUGUCAAAGAUUCUGCUGCCAAAGACAGGUCAGGAUGUGUUUUCAGUUCUAAAUGAAACUGGAACAACAGGAACUGUGUGGCUAUUCUUUCAAACUGAGAAUAUAGGUAGAGGAUUGAAGGAAUUCUGGAAAUAUAUGGCCAAGUCUCAGUGCUUGUGCAUACCAUGUGUGAGAAAAGCAAGCAUGGUGUGCAAAGCUGUGUUUUCCCAGCUCAGCACUGUAAAGUGGUAUCACUGGAGGAGUAUAACUGCUGUAUAACCUAGUCUGAUCAGCAAGGGCAGAAUUUUCAUAAAGAGAAUCACUGCUUUGUAUCGCAGGUCUGGAACUGGUAGCGUUCGUAAUGCCUUUCCUUCCAACAGGGUGAGUAUGACAGUGCAGAGGAUGAAGAGUUGUGGAGAUGCUCUCUUAGGAAACUCAGUUCUAGAUUAAUUAAUUAAUUUAUUGUUAAGUCCUUACCUGCCCGAAAGUGCAGUGUCUAAUUUAUGUGCUGGUCCCUUUGUUACAAUGACUACUGCUAGUGCUGAUUUUAGCCUGCAGAAGAAAUAUGGCUGCUUUUAUUCAUUUUUUAAAGCUCUUCAGCUCCUUCUCUUGCCUGAUUCUGAUGUUAAUGUGUCCAUAAUAUCCAUGAUGGAUUACUGCGUGUCCUUUGAAAGAUGCUUGCAAAACAAGAAAGAAUUGGAGCCGAGGCAGCUCAUCUCAUAGGUAUACUAUCUUAUACAUCAAAAGAGCACAGAUGAGAAUGUAAAAGCCCUCCAUUGGGAGGAGUUAGAUAAACACUCACCAAUAACCUGCCUGCGUUAAACCUUGUGUGCAAGUCUGAGAUAAAGAGAGCUAUAAAGGGUGAGCAGCUAGCAGGGCACCAGACCAGUCUGCCCACAGCUCCCUGAGAGAUUGAAGGCCAAGCGUGCAGAGGUGCUCCUAGGAGGAAUCAGCAUGGAACCUGAGGAGUACAGAUGGAGAGGGAAAGAGAUGGUGGAUUACAUUUGCCAGUACCUGAGCAAUGUGAGAGAGAGACGAGUGACUCCUGAUGUACAACCAGGUUACAUGAGAGCUCAGUUGCCGGAUUCUGCCCCAAUGGAGCCAGAUAGCUGGGACAACAUCUUUGGAGAUAUAGAGAAGAUCAUUAUGCCUGGGGUGGUCCAUUGGCAAAGUCCACACAUGCAUGCCUACUUUCCAGCUCUUACUUCUUGGCCUUCACUCCUUGGAGAUAUGCUGGCUGAUGCAAUUAACUGCUUGGGAUUCACCUGGGCCUCCAGUCCUGCCUGUACAGAACUGGAAAUGAAUGUGAUGGACUGGCUGGCUAAAAUGCUGGGCCUUCCGAAUAAAUUCCUGCAUCACCAUCCUGAUAGUGUGGGUGGAGGAGUAUUGCAGAGCACCGUGAGUGAAUCAACCUUGGUUGCGCUCCUGGCAGCACGGAAAAACAAAAUUCUGGAGAUGAAGCUUUCUGAGCCAGACGCUGACGAGUCCUCACUCAAUUCUCGUCUCAUUGCUUACGCAUCUGAUCAAGCACAUUCUUCUGUAGAAAAGGCUGGCUUGAUUUCUCUUGUGAAGAUGAAAUUUCUGCCUGUGGAUGAGAACUUUUCCCUUAGAGGUGAAACUUUGAAGAAAGCCAUAGCAGAAGACAGAAAGAAAGGCCUAGUGCCCGUCUUUGUUUGUGCAACUUUGGGUACAACUGGUGUCUGUGCUUUUGACUGUCUCUCAGAGCUGGGUCCAAUUUGUGGUGCUGAGGGACUCUGGCUUCAUAUUGAUGCUGCAUAUGCAGGAACAGCAUUUCUGUGUCCUGAAUUUCGAUUGUUCUUGGAUGGAAUUGAGUAUGCGGAUUCCUUCACUUUUAACCCUUCUAAAUGGAUGAUGGUUCAUUUUGACUGCACGGGAUUUUGGGUUAAAGAUAAAUACAAGCUACAUCAAACCUUCAGUGUUAACCCCGUCUAUCUCAGACAUCCCAAUUCAGGAGCUGCUGUUGAUUUCAUGCACUGGCAAAUUCCACUGAGUCGUCGAUUUCGUUCUUUGAAGCUGUGGUUUGUGAUUCGUUCAUUUGGGGUGAAAAAGCUUCAAGCUCAUGUUCGGCAUGGCACUGAAACGGCCAAAUUCUUUGAAUCUUUGGUAAGAAGUGAUCCACUGUUUGAAAUUCCUGCCAAGAGACAUCUUGGACUGGUUGUGUUUCGUUUAAAGGGUCCCAACUGGCUGACAGAAAAACUCCUGAAAGAACUGAGCAGUUCUGGCAGGCUGUUCCUUAUUCCAGCAACCAUUCACGACAAGUUCAUCAUCCGCUUUACUGUAACAUCUCAGUUCACAACCAGAGAAGAUAUUCUGCAAGACUGGAACAUCAUUCAACGCACUGCAGCCCAAAUCAUUAGCAAGCAUAAUGAAUUGCACCACAUCUGUUCUGGUGAUGAGGCAAAAAUCCCUAAUACAGUAUCUGAGCCUAGUUCUAGUGUUAUUAGUCAUGCUUCACAACCCUAUAUAGAAGAAGGAAAAUACAAAAUACCUUCCAGAAAAAUAGUAGGUCAGCCUAAGAAGCUAGAAAUGAGUCCCAGUACAUGUGUGAUCAGUCAGCAAGUGGAAGGUCAAGGGGAUCUAGAUGAUUGUUUUCCAGAAGAUGUACAAGAUGUUACCAAACAUAAGUUAACCUCUUUCUUAUUCAGUUAUUUGUCUGUUCAAGGCAAGAAAAAGACAGCACGUUCGCUUAGCUGCAACAGUGUGCCAAUGACUGAUCUUCUUGAGCAACGUAAUCCUAAGGCAACAGACACUGACAAGAAGGAGCCUCAUGCAAAUGCCAGAAUUCUUUCCAGGCUGCCAGAAGAGGUGAUGAUGUUCAAAAAAAGUGCCUUCAAAAAAUUAAUUAAGUUCUACAGUGUCCCAAGCUUUCCGGAGUGUAGCAUUCAGUGUGGUCUUCAGCUGCCUUGUUGUCCCCUGCAAGCCAUCGUUUAACAAGUAAAAGAGAUUGGUGCUUAAGAGCUGUCUAGGUAGAAAGAGAGCCAAAGUUUGCUUAUUCAUAUGCAAUACUAUGUGAGAUUUUCUUCAAUAUGUAUGUUGCGGUAACAACCUCUGAGAAAAUUCCUGUGCUUUUAUUGGUGCAAAACUGUGUGUAUUUAUAGAUUAAAAUGUCAAAUAAACCUUGUAGACAUAUAACAUGAAACUCUGGUUUGUAGACCGUGGUAAAGAAAAUGCUAAUUUCUGCUUUAUAAACCACCCUUUGCUGAUGAUCAUAAACUAGAAACAUUUUGACAAAAUAUGUUGGCCUCAAAAGGGUGUUAAAAAUUCCACUCCCUUUGCCCUAUUCUUUCUUUUUUUUUUUUUUUAAAUAUCUUGCCUUAAACUCUCUAGUUUGCUGUGAGGAUCGGUGUGUGCAGACAAUGCCAGCAUCCCUUCUGCAUUGUGAAAAGAGGAUGAUAUAACCUGAGAUUUUACUGUACAGUAGUGCAGUUUUCCAACUCUUGAGUUUAAAAACAGCAACCCCGCCAUUCCAUCUGCACUAGUUAGCUAACAGUGCUUAGGAGGCUUUAUGUAACUAUGUUUCAAGAAAACAAGAAUGGAUUUGGCCUAAAAUUGU